AUGCAUGAUAUGAGAUGUGGCCCCAUUAAUAGGGUUCAAGUCAUUCAAUUGGAUUUCUUUCAAAGGGAUGUGCAUCAUAUAUGUGGUUAUUAUGAAUCAUGGAGUAAGAAGCUUCAUUGUUGUGCUUACGCUUAUCAUCGAAACAAGGGUUUGUCUCCCAAUUCAUAUGGCUCACUAUCAUCCAAGGGUCAAUUUGAUCGGUUACUUGGAUUACAAGGCAUAAAACAUGACCUACAACCUGCAGUAACAAAAAUUAGACAAAAUAUUUUUCACUGCAUAUUGAGGCAAAAACAAACAAUUCAACAAAUUGGAGCCUUGUUCUUGCUAUUAGCUGCAACAGUUUUACAAAGUGUUGGUGAAGGCUCUAACAAAGGUUCUACUGGUGCUAAUGUUGAUCAAGUUUUAUUCAAUGGAAUAGUUCUUGUUAAGAAACACUCAUCAUAUCUAAUGACUAUAGAAAUGUCAAUUGUUGGAAGCCAUGUUGGCGGUGUUCGGAAGGGACUUGUCAUUGUCUCAACUUUACUCAUUACAGCAUUGCCACAUUUCAUUUUUGAAGGAAAACCGUCUUCGUCGUAUUGCCUUGUGGCUCUUCCACUAGUGGUCAGUAGCAUUUCAAUAUACCAGAAAUAA